ACAUGCAAUGCAAAUAUGCAAUGCCAGUAUGUUCUCUUGUGUGCUUUGUAUCAAUGAUUAAUCUCAUGCAGGCCACGUGUAAGCACCUCAAAGACUGAUCGCCAUUCAGAGGAAGAAUGGGGAACUGUGGGAGGAACGGAGCAGUGAGGCAGUACACAAGAUCUAAGCUUCCUCGCCUCAAGUGGACUCCUGACCUCCAUCACCUCUUUGUCAACGCGAUUCAGAGGCUUGGAGGCCAAGACAGUACACAUCGUUCCCAGGCCACUCCUAAGCUUGUGCUUCAGUUGAUGGAUGUCAGAGGCUUAACUAUAUCUCACGUAAAGUCCCAUCUCCAGAUGUAUAGAAGCCUAAGGAGUGACCUGAGCAGACAAGAGUUGCAAGCGAGAAAGCACCCUGCGAGCUACGAAAGUGAGGAGAAAGUUGAUGCUGCUUCAUGUCCUCAUUCGAAGUUCAGCAAAGAGUUGCACUCUCAGUUCUUUAAGCCUCUGAAAAGAAUUAGGGCGGAAACGCAGCAGAAAGAAGCUGAUUUCUUAGGGUUUAACGAUCGCCAUGCCAAGCUCAUUAAUGCUCCAGGAACAGUGAAGCAGGAAUUCAGGCUUUGUAAGAACAAUUUAAACACCAGGCACUGCUACGUAAAUGGAUGCUACAAGUCCCCAAACUUUAUUGAUGAGAUAUUGGACAAGGAAGAAGCCUAUGGCUGUUCGUUAUCGCUAUCGUUAUCACCGGCUUCUGCUCAAAGAAAGGCAGUUUCUUCGUCGAGUAGGCAGAUCAGUGGAUGCUCUGGUGGUCGCAGAAUCAAUCUGGAUCUUUCCAUGUCUAUUUGCAGCUCUUAAAUAGAGACUCUUGUGUGUGGAAUUGUGAGACAAGUGAUGUAUACUAGUUCACUAGAGGGAUUAAUUGAAGCUGCUUUUGCUGUAGGAUUCUUUUUGCAAGCCCUGAGUGAAGUAAAACCUCUUCUUGUAGGAUGAAAAAUAUGUUUUAUGUUUUUUUAUGUUUUUUUUUUACAAAUAAAACAUCUAAUUGCAGGA